AGAAUAUUGACUCUUUUUUCAGCUGGCUGAACAGGCUAAAUUGCAGCAAAACAGGAGCCAAGAGGGUAUCUACAAACUCAGUGUUAAUGCAUGCUCUUUUCGUUUGUACUCUCUUAUGAUUUGCCAAUCGAAUGUUUCAAGAAUUAUACUCAUCUCAAAUCUUGAUAAAAGGCAAUUGAGCAGACGCGCGGCAGGGGAAGUAGAAUAUGUCGAAUUGGACCUGAGUUUAUUCCCGCAGUGGCGGUGUCCCACGAUCGGUUCGUUCUGAACACUAAUAAACAACCGCUCCAUCUACUACUCAUUCAAUGCAGGGGUCAUUUUAGUCGAGCCGGUAGCAGCUUACAUAGAGAUCCAGCACAGGUGUUCCACUUACAGACUCAGCGUUCCAACCAUGUUUCGUACUGUUCUCACAUUCCUCCCAGAUCUUGGAUAAUGGCAGCAUACCUAUAUUGAAAUAACAGACCAUUAUUACACGGUCGAGCAUGGCCAUAUUUAUGCGGCGUUCCUUAAAUUGUUAAGAAAAAGCAUGAACCCCAAGAACCCCGGUGAUUGUUUCCAUAAUUCGUCCCCUUACCCAGCCUUCAUGUAGAAGGGCAUGCUAAAGAGAGAUCCAUAGUAUAUCUCGCCCGUUUAGUAAAUGGGCAAUUAUGAACCUGCC